UACAAAAAUAUUUGGAUGAUACCACGAAGAAUAAAAAAAAAAAAAGAGAAAUAGAGGAACGAAAGAAAAGAAGAAACAUAGAAGAAAGAAGUUGUUUGUAACCCUAACCUCUCAAAAUCCCAUCCUUAGAAUUUGCUAGGGAAAUUCCAGCUCUCCCUAUUACAGAACACAGAUUAAAGAUGAUAGAUUACAAAAUUACAGAAUUACGUGUAGCAUCAAUUCAAGUUACUUGUUGAGGAAAGGAGUUGAAGGAUUUUUUCGAUGAUGCCAAAAAAUUGAAGGUUGGUUUAGGACUAAUUUGACUAUAUAUUGUAAGUUAAUGAGAUUUGGAGUUCGUGUAGCGUUAAAUAUUUGAGUUUGCAAUGAUGAGGAAUUCGAUAACAGAAGCAUCACAUAGCAGCAGAGGAGCUAUUGACUUGAUCUCAGAAGUUAAAGAGUUACAGAGAUUCAAUUCGCAGGAGCUCAGUAAGCUAUUGAAGGACUGUGAAAACUUCUCGCUCUUCCAUAUUACAGCAAAUGGUUUAUCUGUGCAGAUUGACAUGGACAAACUUGUACGACUCCUUCCUUUGCACCUUAUUGCUGUGCUUUUGUCGUCUCAAAGAGAUGAAGCCUCGUUGAGAUAUCUAUUAUCUGGACUCCGGCUAUUAUGUACUUUAUGUGAAAUAGCUUCUCGGCACUCUAAACUUGAGCAGAUUUUGUUCGAUGAUCUAAAGGUGUCAGAACAGCUUCUUGAUUUGGUGUUCCAUUUACUUUUGGUCUGCUGUAAACAGGGAAACAGUUUUUCUGGUGGUAUGCCACUUCUUUACUCGGCUCUUGUAGCUUGCAGUAUGUAUUUACUGACCACUUGCAUCUCAUCACAGUGGAGUGAACUCGCUUAUGUUCUUCAAGCACACCCUAAGGUUGACAUAUUUUUAGAUGCAGCCUUUGGAGCUGUUCGCAUGAGUAUCAACAUCCUUCAGAACAAGCUUUCAGAAGUGGAGAAUGAUUUUCACUCAAAAUCUAGUCUAACUGCUGAAAGAGUAGUUAAUUUCUGUUGCCAGCAAUGUGAGGCUUCUUUGCAGUUUCUCCAGUCAUUAUGCCAGAAUAAGUCUUUUCGAGAACGCAUCCUGAGGAAUAAGGAAUUGUGCGGGAAGGGAGGAGUACUUCAUCUUGUUCAAUCCACCUUGAAGUUGAAUAUCUCACCAUUUCUGAAGGAGCCCCUUGCAGUGGUAGCUGCUGUGUCUAGGCUAAAAGCCCGAGUUCUAUCAAUUCUGUUGCAUCUUUGUGAAGCUGAAAGUGUAUCUUAUCUGGAUGAGGUUGCCAGCAUACCAGAAAGCCUAGAUCUGGCGAAGUCUGUUGCAGUUGAGGUUAUUACAUUGCUGAAGACCAUGCUCAGCAGAGAUCUUAAACUGCUGGAGAAUCACUCAGGGAAAAUAUAUCCAAGGGGGCUUUUACAACUCAAUGCAUUGCGAUUGGCAGAUAUAUUCUCUGAUGAUUCAAAUUUCAGAUCCUAUAUCACAAUUUAUUUCGCUGAAGUGUUGGCAGCUAUCUUGUUAAUUCCUUACCAACAAUUUCUGUCUAGUUGGUGUUCAUCUGAUUUACCUCUGAAGGAAGUAGAUGCUUCAUUGGAAUACGAUCCAUUUACUAUGGCUGGAUGGAUCUUGGAUUCAUCUCCAAUGCUAGAUAUUGUGAGUUCAAAAACAUGCGAAUCCAACUUUAAUCCAACCAACAAUGCCCAAGCUUCUUAUGCCCAUCAGAGAACCUCUCUAUUGGUUAAAGUGAUUGCUAAUCUUCAUUGUUUUGUGCCUAACAUUUGCAAAGAGCAGGAGAGGAACUUUUUUCUUCACAAGUUUCUUGAACGUCUGAAAAUGGAUUGGCAAGACCAACAGGCUGGGUUUUCAUUCAGCUCUGCACCUCAAAAAGCUGUCACCAUUUGCAAGAAUCUCCGUUCAUUGUUGGGUCAUGCAGAAUCCUUAAUUCCCACUUUUCUUAAUGAGGAAGAUGUACAGUUGUUAAGUGGGUCUGCCUGCUGUGCUUGUGUGAGUUUGGGUGGAAUAUAGUAGCAGUUGCUACUUCACUUUAAAACAUGGAAAACAUUUCGGUAAUGGUGGACAGCUUGUAUAAUUAUUUAGAUACAUUAUCAUUUGUCAGAUUAGUUUUCCCUUACUGUAGUGAAAUUUAGUCACUUUUUAUUAUGUUGAAUUUUUAUUUGGAAUUGUACAGCUAGAUACACACCUAUAGUAUUAUAUAUUCAAAUACACUACAGCUAUUUUAUUAAUUCUGCCUGAUUUGUGUUUCAGAUGUCAUGUAAUAUCAAAGAAUAAAUAACCUUUAGUUGGAGAUUCAAAAUAAGCCUUUUUGGUUUUGCAUUUUACUUGUCAUUAGCGAAAAGAAUUAAGUUCAUAUUGUGGUUAUACUGCAUUGCACCAAACUGUUCUUUGCGGCGUGGUUUGUCUCAUCAUAUGGGGGGAGUUUGGUUAGAGAAAAUGAUUUGCUUUGGGUACCAAAACGCACCAAACUGGACUGCCAUCAGCCCUAACUACUAAAAGACAAUAGUUUCAAAGAAUAGUCUUGCAUAAUGAAGACAAGUCUGGAGGGGUCUUGCUCUAGAUUGGCUCUUCAGGGUUAACAAUUAU